AUGUUGGCGACUAGAGGUCCUUGGUCUUCUAUUGACCUCGGUCUUGCUGAACCUAUCGGGGGAACUUCUUAUCCUAUUGGACUCAUAUUCGUCAUGAAUAAGGUUUAUCCACCAUUAGUAGGUAGUAUUGUCGGCAAUAUCGUCAACUUUGGAUCUCACUAUCUCUUCUACCACUACACUCAAUAUGGAUUCGUAGGAUCUGCUCUAUCCCAAUCAAUAGCAUUUUUGUCACAACUCAUUGUCAUCGUGGUCUACAUUCACAUUUCGAAGAUAUAUAGGAAAACCUGGGACGCUAUUCAUGUUGAAUUGUGGCACGAUUGGGGCACUUGGUUCAAGCUAGCGAUUCCUGGAAUGAUGAUGCUGGGUCUUGAGUGGUGGGUCUGUGAGUCGGGUAGCAUUCUUGCUGGUAUUCGUGGAGAACAAUAUUUGGCUGUUCAGACUAUUCUUAACAAUGUUGAGUCUAUGCUCUUCUGUACUUUUCCUCUUGGGUUUUGUGUCUCUACGUCUAUUCGAAUUGGCCAAUUUGUCGGAGCGAAUAAAGCGGAGGGGCCAAUUUCAACAGCUUUGAUUGCACUUAUCACGAUAUUUUGUCUCUGUUCGAUGAAUGCCGUUAUACUUCUCUUCACCAGGUCCUAUAUUCCUCGGAUAUUUACCAAUGAUGCCACUCAAUACACACAACAAUCUAAGGGCACUUCUUCUUGGUUAACAUCUGCUCCAUGCACGGUUUUGGGCAGUUGUCCGCUGUGUGCACUUUGGGGUCUCGCAGCAUGGAGGCUCCACUACACACGGUAUUCCACCAACUUGAGCACGCAAUCCCUAAUAUCACAGCAGGAUGGGGGUUCUUGUGGACAGCAGUUUUCUACUGGAGCUGCUUGUUUCGAGCACAUUCUUUGA